UGCGUCAGCGCGGCGAUGGGCGGACUUCCGGGGGAGGCAGCGGCGCUGGUGCUGGUGGCCGUGCUGUGGGGCAGCACGGGGCCAUUCCUGCGGACGGGUGCAGCGGGGCUGGAGGAGGUGCAGUGCCAGGGCCGCCUGCAGCAGCUGCUGGCCGAGAUCCACUUCCUCAGCCUCCGCUACAAGUACAUGGUGCCAUUUCUGCUCAAUCAAGGUGGAUCUCUCCUCUUCUACCUCACCUUGGCAUCCACAGACCUGUCGCUGGCCGUGCCACUCUGUAACUCCCUGGCGCUGAUCGUCACGCUGGUUACGGGCAGGAUUCUGGGAGAGGACAUCGGUGGUAAAAGGGCUGUGGCAGGAAUGCUGCUCACUGUCCUCGGAGUCACACUCUGCGUGGCUGGUUCCUAAAUGAGACAGGAGCAAAGGAAGAGAACCUGUCCAAGGGUAACACCAGUGGCUGGAGGGGCGGCUUCUGCCUCAGCAGCAGACUCUAUGGCUCUGUCCCACCUCGGAAGCCGUGUUUGACACCCAGAUGUCAAAACCCAUGAAAACAUGGACUCUAUUCCCUGAGCACCAGGGCAGAACAAGGCACGCCGCAAGGUGUGCACAUCCUAUUUAAUGUCCUGGGUGAAGGAAUUCUUUGUGGGUGUUGCAAGGAUGAUUAAAUCAUCUUAUACAAUGCUGAAGGGAUAAUAAAUGAUUAAUAAAUCAUUCAA